GCAGCUCAGCUCAGUCUCUGCCCAGUCGUUCUCCUGAUCCUCACCGUCUGCACCCUCCCGUAGUCACUGCUCGAAUCCUCAAAGAUGGCUCCUCCGAUGCGAUUCUUCUCGCUGCUGUUGGCGAUCCCCGCCAGCGCGGAUAUUCUCUUUGCGACUUCCUACAACGACCACACGGUCACGUCGCUCAGGCUCGAGGGCUCCACUCUGUCUGUCGUGGGCAAGAACCUCGACUGUGGCUCGGAGCCCACCUGGCUGACGCUCGACAAGACAAAGUCGCGCCUCUACUGCCUCAACGAGGGCUGGGGCGGCAACGCCUCGCUGACCUCGUACCAGACACGGGCCGACGGCAAGCUCACCACUCUGGACAUCCUGCCCGUGCUUAAGUCUCCCGUCAGCUCGACCCUCUGGGGUGCCAACAACGAACGAUUGGCGGUUGCCCACUACGACACCUCCACCUUCAGCAGCUACGACGUGUCCAAUGCCAAGGAUCUUCGUCUGACUAAGAGCGAGACGUACACUCUCGCCGCGCCCGGCCCCGUCCCGGACCGCCAGGAGGCUCCUCACUUGCACGACGCCAUCCUCGACCCGACCCGCAAGUUCCUCGUCUCGCCCGACCUCGGCGCCGACCUCCUGCGCCUGUACCGCAUCACCGGCAACUCGUGGACUGCCAUCACCCCGGCCAAGGCCGUUCCCGGUUCCGGCCCUCGCCACGGCGGCUUCGCCGUCCACGGCCCCAACACGUACUUCUACACGGUCAACGAGCUGUCCAACACCAUCACCGGCUACAAGGUCACCUACUCCGGCAGCUCAAUCAGCUUUGCUCAGAUUCUCAACUUCAGCACCCACGGCCCUGGCGGCAGCGUUCCGGCCGGCACCAGCUCUGCCGAGCUUGAAAUCUCGCCCGACCAGCGUUUCGUCCUCAUCUCCUCGCGCAACGAGGCCUCGCUGACCAUCCCGGCCUUUGACGGCUCCGCGACCACCAUCCCCUCGGACCCCAUCAUCUCGUUCGCCAUCAACCCGGCCAGCGGCCAGCUCACCCUCACCCAGAUCGCCCCGGCCGGCGGCCUCAACCCGCGCGGCUUCUCGCUCAACAAGGCAGGCACCCUCGUCGCCAGCGCCCUGCAGAACGACAACCGCGUCGUCGUGUACAAGCGCGACGUCAAGACCGGCAAGCUCGGCGCCGUCGUGGCCAGCGCGACUGUCGGCGAGGGCGCGAACAACGGCCCCAACUAUGUCCUGUUCAACGACUGCUAGAUUAUUGGUCUAGACCCCGGAGGCGCGACAGUUGAGUGUCCUACGGCUUGCUCGCCCAGUCGUUGAAAAGCUGAUUACUUGAAUGGUGGAAGUACAAGUAGUUCGAGAAGCGCACGUGUUACUUCUUGGUACAUAGUUCUCAAAAUAUUGCAAAGAAACAAUGAAAGCGACGUUACUGCUCAAA